ACCAGGAGAUGUGGGCGCUAAUGCAAGGGAUAGGACAAGUCCAGAAGAUGGAGUCCAUCAGAAGGAAUCCAAGCUGGAGUUAUUUGGUUUCGAUUCUCUUGUGAAUAUUCUUGGUUUGAAGAGUAUGACAGGAGAGCAGAUUCCGACACCUUCUAGCCCUAGAGAUGGGGAGGAUAUCUCCAUCACGCAAGGGCACCCGAAGCCUCUCAAGAUGGGCACAAUGAUGGGAGUUUUCGUUCCCUGCUUGCAAAACAUAUUAGGAAUUAUAUACUAUAUCCGUUUCACAUGGAUUGUUGGUAUGGCUGGUAUCGGACAAGGUCUGAUAUUGGUAUUGCUCUGUGGCUUAUGUACAUUCUUGACGACGAUAUCUCUGAGUGCUAUUGCAACAAAUGGCGCAAUGAAGGGUGGAGGACCAUAUUACCUCAUUGGUCGCGCUCUUGGUCCAGAAGUUGGGAUUAGCAUAGGUUUGUGCUUCUUCCUUGGCAAUGCAGUUGCUGGAGCUCUGUAUGUAUUAGGUGCCGUGGAGACUUUUCUAAAAGCAUUCCCUGCUGCUGGGAUUUUUAGAGAAACUAUCACAAAGGUUAAUGGGACAGCAGUUGCCGAAUCAAUACAAAGCCCGAACUCACAUGACUUGCAGAUUUAUGGAAUUGUAGUGACGAUCCUUCUUUGCUUCAUUGUGUUUGGCGGCGUGAAGAUGAUCAAUCGGGUGGCACCUGCUUUCCUCGUUCCCGUUUUGCUCUCUAUCUUCUGCAUAUUCAUUGGGAUAUUUUUGGCAAAGACUGAUGACCCUGACAGUAAUUUUACGGGCUUGCGUUUAAAAAGUUUUAAAGAUAACUGGGGCUCUGCCUAUCAAAUGACAAAUGAUGCGGGAAUUCCUGAUCCAACUGGAGGCACGUACUGGAGCUUCAAUGAGCUGGUGGGUCUAUUUUUCCCUGCUGUAACAGGAAUUAUGGCUGGUUCAAAUCGAUCAGCUUCCCUGAAAGACACACAAAGAUCAAUACCUGUUGGAACGUUGGCUGCCACUCUGACCACAACCUCGCUAUAUUUGAUCUCUGUGUUGUUUUUUGGAGCUGUUGCGACCCGUAAUAAACUUUUGACUGAUAGGCUACUUACUGCUACAAUUGCUUGGCCUUUCCCUGCCAUUGUUCACGUUGGAAUCAUCCUUUCAACCUUAGGGGCUGCUCUCCAGAGUUUGACAGGGGCCCCACGGUUACUUGCAGCUAUAGCAAAUGAUGAUAUUCUCCCCAUCCUCAAUUAUUUUAAAGUUGCAGAUACUAGUGAACCUCACAUAGCGACGCUUUUCACAGCAUUUAUCUGCAUAGGAUGUGUUGUUAUUGGAAAUCUGGAUCUUAUCACACCAACUGUGACUAUGUUUUAUCUUUUAUGCUAUUCGGGAGUAAACCUGUCUUGUUUCCUGCUCGAUCUUCUUGAUGCUCCAAGUUGGCGUCCACGGUGGAAAUACCAUCAUUGGAGCCUUUCCUUUGUUGGAGCCUCACUCUGCAUAGUGAUCAUGUUCUUGAUUUCCUGGUCGUUCACUGUGGUUGCCAUUGCACUUGCAAGUCUUAUAUACAAAUAUGUUGGCCUUAAAGGAAAGGCCGGGGACUGGGGGGAUGGUUUCAAGAGUGCAUAUUUCCAGUUGGCCCUUCGUAGUCUCAGGUCACCCGGAGCAACAUAAAAGUAUUUGCACCAGGAGAUGUGGGCGCUAAUGCAAGGGAUAGGACAAGUCCAGAAGAUGGAGUCCAUCAGAAGG